GCAUUCUAAAAUGGACAGACAUUCAACGAAUUCUAAAGUCAACGGUGUCAGCACAGGUACUACCAUACUUGCUGUGAAGUUCAAUGGAGGAGUUAUCAUUGGGUCUGACUCCAGAGCUUCCAUUGGUGGGUCCUUCGUGUCCUCUAAAGUCAUUAACAAGCUGAUACAGGUGCAUGACAGGAUAUUCUGCUGCAUCGCUGGAUCCCUGGCUGACGCACAGGCCAUCACCAAAAUGGCCAAAUUCCAGCUGUCUCUUCACAGUAUCCAGAUGGAGUCUCCUCCAUUAGUGAAAGCAGCUGCAUCUAUUCUAAAGGAGCUUUGCUACAAUAACAAGGAGGAGUUGCAGGCAGGAUUCAUCACAGCAGGCUGGGAUAGGAAAAAAGGCCCUCAGGUCUACACAGUGUCUCUAGGAGGGAUGCUCCUCAGUCAGCCUUUUACCAUUGGAGGUUCAGGUAGCACUUACAUCUAUGGUUAUGUUGAUGCCAAAUACAAACCUGACAUGAGUCGAGAGGAGUGCCUUCAGUUUGCCACAAAUGCUCUUUCCCUAGCUAUUGGUAGAGACAAUGUCAGUGGAGGUGUGGUUCAUCUAGUUGUGAUCACUGAGGAUGGAGUUGAGCAUGUGGUCGUCCCUGGAGACAAACUGCCCAGGUUCCAUGAUGAGUAGGAUGACACAGCAGCGUGGUCCAAUCAGCUCUGCAGUGUGGGAAAGUCAUCUGUGACUCUCUAAAAGAGCGGCUCACUGAGUCUUCACAGAAAAAUACUGUUUAUAGGAACAGAAUUCGCUACCUUUUCUGUACUGUCUACAACACUGAACAGAAUUUUGUGUAAAAAAAAUGAGCCUUUGAGAUUCUGGAUCAUGUCUUAAAGUUCCAGUGAACUAUUCUGCUUUCUUAACCCCUUAACCUUUAUGUUUAUCUGAAGUGAGUUGAACUUUGAGGAAAGUUGAGGCAAGAUAAACCCACCCAUCACAUUUCUGUGAGCUGUGAUUCAAUAUUCCAUACAUUUUACAUAGUGUAUGACUUGAUCAAGAGGGGAAUUUGCUUCUUUUCAAACAUGGCCCAGUGCUUUCCUCAGCUCAUAGACAACUUUGUUAGGUUUCAUAAUGUACAAUUAAGCCUCAGACUUUACUAAUAAAAACCUACCGCGA